CGCGUGUACUUCAGUCGGGUACGAAGGAAUUCGGAUCCAAAUACGGAUAUGGAUACGGGCACGGGCCAUGGUGAAGGGGAUUUGGGGAGGUGGCGCUAUGACGGCAGCGAUGACGUUUGUCUGUUUCCAUUUCGUGGUCUUUCAUUUGCGGGCGCGAUGUUUUGAACCCGACUCACUCACUCACUCUGGGGUAGAAGCAGGAAAGAAAGAUGAUGCAGCAGAAGAAGAUGAUGAUGAUGAUGUCGGAAUUGAAGGACCCCACGAUUAAGCUUUUCGGGACAACUAUUGAACUGCCGGAUACUGCCGCCGCUGGAACUUUCGCGUCGCAAUCUUGCGGCACUCCCUCCGCGCUCGAUUGCGAGAAUAAAGACCCCUUCUUGUGUUCUUCGUCUGCUUCCAUGGUUGAAGAUGGCGGAGAAGCUUACGGACAAGAAUCGCCUUUGGCUAAGAGCCCUUCUGACCCAAAACAAGACCGUUCAGACGAGGAAGAUGGAUCAAAACAUUGUAAUGAAGCUCCCCCAACAGAUGAGGAUUUAAACGCCCCUAAUUCAGCUGGUAGUGAUCUCGAAUCGGCCAAAGCUUCAACAAGGCCCGAAGAAGAGAAUUCACAGGAGAAGAACCUCAAGAAGCCGGACAAGAUACUUCCAUGUCCGCGCUGCAACAGCAUGGAGACAAAGUUCUGUUAUUUCAACAACUACAACGUUAACCAGCCCCGGCAUUUCUGCAAGAACUGCCAGAGAUACUGGACUGCCGGAGGGACCAUGAGGAACGUCCCUGUCGGCGCCGGUCGCCGUAAGAACAAGAGCUCAAUUUCCCAAUUCCGCCAUCUAAUCAUCCCAGACGCCGCCCGAAUGGAUCUUACAAAUGGAGUUCACCACACUGGCGCCGUCCUCACAUUCGCCUCCGACUCGCCCCUUUGUGAAUCCAUGGCAUCCGUCUUGCGCAUUGCCGAGAAAACUAUUCGAGACACCACAAGAAACGGAUUCCACGCCCCUGGCGAAGCCCCUGUUUCAGUUUCUCAUGGAAAUAAAGACAACAACGACAAUGGAUUCACCAGAUCGUCGACAACCCCUGCUACCUCAAGGGAUGAGUUAAGCCAAACUGGCGGUGGUAAUCCCUUUCCCUCACAGGUACCCUGCAAUUUUCCGGGAGCGCCAUGGCCUUACUCAUGGAGCUCUGUUCGAUGGAGCUCCCCUGUUUCUCUAACAGGUUUAGGCCCGACUACUUUCCCUGUGCCGUUCAUUAACCCUGCACAACCUUACUGGGGCUGCACCCUACCCGGCUCUUGGAACAUUCCGGUGGUUAUCCCACCGGGAACAACUGAUCAGCAUCCUCAUACGCCCCCGAGCUCCGGGCCAAACUCCCCGACUCUUGGGAAGCAUUCGAGGGACGACAACAGUAUGGAGCUUCCCAAAGAGAAAGAGGAGGAGGUACUAAAGGAAAGUAUGGGUUCGGACAAAUGUCUGUGGGCGCCAAAGACAUUGAGAAUCGAUGAUCCAGGAGAAGCUGCAAAGAGUUCGAUAUGGGCAACCUUGGGUGUCAAGAAUGACAAAGCUGAUUCCGUGGUGGUCGGGGGAGGUCUUUUCAAGGCGUUCCAUUCUUCUUCCCAAUUGAAGGGCGAUGAAAGGAACGGUGUUCCUGAAACAUCGACGGUAUUACAAGCGAAUCCGGCCGCGCUUUCCAGAUCAUUGAGCUUCCGUGAGAGCACCUAGUCGGGAUGAUCAAUUAGGAACAAACACUCCACAAGGGGCAUAGUGAAACGUGGAUUUUGUCCGGUAACGUUCUUGUUUUGAAGAUCUUGUAAGUAAAAUAUAUCGAAUACUUUUGAGAGUUGCAAGAUAGCUAGCUAGAAACACUACUGAUGAUCGAGGUAUUUGUUGGAUAGAUAGUCCAGACGCUGUAAAUUAUAUAUAAGUGAUGAAUGCUUUUGAGUUUUAUCAGCCUGUUUUUCAUUUUUUUGAUGAUUUCGAUCC